AUGCCGCCCUGGAAAAGCGAGAGAAGCGGGCUUUUACGUAUGUCCACACAAUUUGUUAUUGUCACAUCCAAAGUUGCGUUUGCCAGACAAUUUAUCCUCUCGUCCUGUUCGCUUGAGUUGAGCUGGCAAGGUACGGGCACUGACUUACGAAGCCGAGCCGGUGGUCGUCUUACGAGGCUUAAUGGAGGCAGUUUGGACAAUGGACGGCGGCUGCAAGUGAACCGUGAGUUGGAGGGCCCACUUUUGGCUUAA